AUUCAUCAAUUAAAUUCAACCGCACAAACUAGAACUAUAUCAAUUUCAAUAAAAUUAAUUAAUUUCAACUCUCAAGUACGACCUAGAUUACCCAAAAAAAAGUACGACCUAGUUCGGAAGUGGUGGUUCGUGAACCCAACCGAACGUCCGGACCAACACCUAAUUAGAAAUGAACAAAAUAAAGAUCAAUGGACAGAAAGAAAAAGGCAAAGUAUGUCUAUCCACCCAAAUACUUUCCUCAUUACUACGUAUUUUUUCCCAAAUAUUUUUCCCCUUCUUUCCAAAGGCUUCGAUUUCUCCACCUUACCCAUCCACUCCAAUUUAAUAUUCACACUCAAAGCCUCCUCCAAAGCUUCUUCACUUACUCCAAUGGCAGAUUCAUCUUCAGAUGUUCCCCCAAAACAAAGAACUAACAAUCCAAGUAAGUACUGCUUCUUCUACAAGCACUUGAUGUUGAAACCUCUGGUUGUAUCAGUUUUCCUUGUUUUUCUCCUUCUGUUUCCUUCACAAGCUCCAGAGUUCCUCACCCAAACUCUGAGCACCAAAAUCUGGGAAGUCCUCCAGCUCAUCCUCGUAGGCAUUGCUGUCUCUUACGGCCUAUUCAGCCGGAAAACUGAUGGAACAAUCAAAGAAAAUGAUGGGUCAACAACAAGAACAACCAACUUUGACAAUGCCAAUUCCUAUGUCUCUGGAUUGCUUCAGGUUUCAUCUGUAUUUGAUAAUGAUGAUGAAUCCGAGGGCCCUUGUGUCUUUUUUGAUGAAAAAAUUGACAGCAGCAAUAAUGUUAUUUAUCAGUCCUGGAGAAAUCAAUACUAUAUGGAAAAACCCAGGGUAGUAGUGGCACCUGAAGAACAAAGAGAUGAUUUUAGUGUUGAUCAUUAUAAAAAUUCAAGAAUUGGUGAAAAGCCCCUUCUUUUGCCUGUUAGGAGCUUGAAAUCAUCAAGAAUUGAAGAAGCAGAGGAAGAAGAAGAAGAGCCCAUGGAGGAAACAAAUUGGAGAUCAAGAUCUGCAGGAAGAAGAACAAUGGAGGACCCAGAAAUUAUUAAGCAAGACCCGACUCCCGUAAGAUCUGUUAGGACACAAUCAUUUAAAAGAUCACCCUCUCCUUCACCAGACAAGCACAGAUCUUCCUCUCCGGCCGCCGGAUCUCCGCCGCCAUCAGUGAGGAUGACGCUUCCUGAUGGGGAGGAGAUAGGAAGAAAGCAUAAUAAGACAAACUCGCCUCCCCUUCCGCGUUCCAUUGGAAAGUCUUCAUCCAUGAAAUUGAGCUCAACAGAGCAGAAAAGCGAGGAACCUCGAAGAAGAUCAUAUUCAGGGAGAGAGAUGGCAGGGGGGGACGGAAGAAGAAGAAGAAGAAGAAGAAACCAAGAAAAUUUUGUGAAAAAAGAAGAUGAAGAAGAAGAGUUUUCAGGAAGAGAGGAGUCAGAAGAGGAUGAGAAUGGGGGAGUUGGAGAGAAUAGUAACAGUGGGGAUGUUGAUAAGAAAGCUGAUGAGUUUAUAGCCAAAUUUAGAGAGCAGAUUAGGCUGCAGAGGGUUGAUUCUUUUAGGCGAUCUGCUCCGGCCGGCCACGGCUCGCCGUGAAAUGGACGGGGAGUGUGAGUUCAUCGUUUCAAUGACUUUUUGGUUUCGAUUUUUGUUUUUUUUAAUUCCAUUAUUGAUGCAUUUAAUUGCUAUGUUUCCAGAUUUUAUGGAUUUCUACUUACAGACUUUUUUUUUAACAUUUAGUGAUGGUAAAUACUCGUAUAGAAUAUGAAAGAAUGCAACUUUUUAUGGCA